GGGGGUGAUGGUUGUUGUUGUUGUUGUCUGGCUCUGUCUGUGUUAUUAAUAUCACUCAUUAUUACUAAUUAUUAUUGUUGUUGUUACUGUUUGUGUUCAGCCUCCCGCCCCUGUGCAAUGGCCGUCCGUCAGCCUGGCUCCGCGACCCCUCCCCUCAAGCCGUGACCUGCGACCUCUUGCCUAAAGCCAUGACCUGCGAACUCUCACCUCAAGCCGCGCCCUGCAACCUCUUACCUCAGGCCAGCCUCAGUGACCUCUCACCUCAGGCCAAACGGAGUGACCUCUCAUCUCAGGCCGCGACCCGCGAUCUCUUACCUCAGGCCAACCUCAGUGACCUCUCACCUCCGGCCAGGCUCAGUGACCUCUCACCUCCGGCCAGGCUCAGUGACCUCUCACCUCCGGCCAGGCUCAGUGACCUCUCACCUCCGGCCAGGCUCAGUGACCUCUCACCUCAGGUCAGACUCAGUCUGUUUGAGAAGCUCAGGAUGUCUCAGGGCAUUUGGCUUCAGAGCGACAUCGAACAAUCAGAUGUUCACAACGUCUUAGUGCGUCAGCCAUUGGGGACGUUCCUGGUGUGGACGGACAAAUGUGGGAAAAGGAAACUCGCGAUGAGACAGAGCGACGGGAAUAACCCAAUCGUGACAGAUUACAUCAUUCGGGAAGAAGCCGAAGUUUAUUUCCUUGAAAAUUCCCUCCUUGGAUUCGGGGAUUUGUUCCAGUUGAUCGGAUAUUACUGUGUAAGCAGGGAUGUGCUGCCACACAGACUGUGCGUCCCCCCGGCUCUGCUCGAGCCCUCCCACUGCCAACCCGCCCUGGAGACGCUCUCCAGCCUCGGAAUGAUUUUCUGGGACUCCCCGUUCAACUUGCCCGAAGACCCCCACCCACAGGUGCCAUUGACCGUGACUGACUUACCCGAACCCAACACAGCCCCCACCCUGGAACUCUUAAAGGGCCAUCUCCCCAUGUGUUCCGUCACCGUCACGGCCGAAAAUGGGGCCCUUUUCUUCAUCAACCCCCUCUUCCUGAAGGAACACGGCGACAUCUGGUUUCAGCACAGCCCGCGGCCCCCCGAAGACCCCCGUGAGGCCCCCCGAUGUCCUCAGCCGGCCGUGGAGCCCGGAGACAGCCCCCCCUGCCUCCCCCAAGAGGGGAAGCAGCUCGGGGGCUCGGAGACGGAGCAGAAGCAGGCGCCAGAGACAACGACGAGGGCAGGGGAUUCAUCGCUCGAGCCGGCCAGCCAGAGUGGUGGGGACCACAGCCAGGCUGCUUUAAGGAGGAAGACCUUCGUGCGCAGGGCUGCCUGGAGCUGGGGCGAGGAGGUGGAGUCCGCGGGCAAGGCGGAGGCGGCCAGGGAGGAAGCCGGGGGCAGCCACAGUUUCCCGGCCCACUACCGGGCCUCCUGGCUGGAGGGAUCGUCCCACCGGGAGCGGGCGGGAACGCUGACCAAAUCCCGCUCGGAGAACUCGCUCUACGCCUGCGAGGCCUCGCUGCUGCCCCCUAUCUGCGAGCUGGACUCACUCUCCCUGAGCAGCGUGGAGGAAGACACCGAGCCGACGGGAGGAACUUCGGUCCACCACAGGCAGAAGCGACACUCCACGGGCCUCACGGAUAAGGUCCGCUUCCGCCUCUCUGCGGUCGGCCACGUCUUCACAGGCCUCAUCUCCUCCGACCGGAAGGUCCGCAACAGGAUCGUGGAGCUGGCUCAGGACAGGGGCUCCUACUUUGGGAACUUGGUCCAAGGGUUCAUUAGCUACACCAUAGAGAAAAAGGAGCAGGACACCACAAGCACCGAGUUCCUGCUGGAGAUACAUCAGAUGCUGACCAGCCUGGGGAACUACCUGACACAGAGCUCCGAGCUCAAUUUCCUCCUGGAUCUGACAGACGAGGAGGGGCUCACAGACACAGCCAUAGAGCGUGCGUUACACAAGUGUGUGCUGAAGCCUUUGCGGGAGUUUAUCUUCGCCCGUCUGCUGAUCUUCCACAGCAGGGAUGGGACCUUGAUGAAGUUGAAGGAGAACCAGGAGGUGGUUCGAGGCCAGAGUCUGGAGCAAUUGGGGGUCACGGCCUGUGUCCCCGACUCUGUGGCCCUGGAGAAGAUCCACAGCAAAUUCCAGGCUAUGUUCCUGCUCUACUCCCCCAGGAAGAAAAUCACCCACCUCCUCAAGGCCUGCAAGCUCAUCUAUGAAGCCAUGUCCGCAAACUCUGGGAAACCUUAUGGAGCAGAUGAUUUCCUGCCAGUCCUGACCUACGUUCUGGCUUUCAACGAUGUGAGUAAUCUCUCGCUGGAUGUGGAGUAUAUCAUGGAGCUUCUGAACCCAACCGAGCUGCAAGGUGAAGGGGGCUACUAUUUGACCACUCUGUUCGGGGCUCUCUACCACAUCAGACACUUUGAGCCGAGGACCUUGACUCGCAAGAUCAGUAACGAGGCCAAGACCUCCAUCCACCAGUGGCAUCGUCGGAGAACACUACACCACAGCAAGUCCAAGAGGUGUUCCGCCAAGGAUUUACUCUACAUCUCCUUCGGGAACUCUCAGUGCGAUCAGAAGGCCAUCAUGGUACGAGAGAACGUGACCACAGCUGACGUACGCCAGCUUUUGGCUGAGAAGUACCAAGUCAAUGACCCGAGCGGGUUCGGACUCUUUAUCUCCAAAGGCCACGGCUUUGAGCUGCUGGAGGACAGCUGCUGUCCUCAGAGGGUUAAGGCCGAGCUGCAGGCCAGCGGAGAGAGGACACUGCAUUUCGUGUACUGCCCGAUCGACCAGCAGCAACUCUCGGCUGCCCCGUCCGAGAUGUCGACUCAGCUGUGAUGAGAGGGAGAGAGGGAGAGGGAGAGACGGACCGGGGGCUGGGAGGUGAGGGAAUUCGAUGGCAAGUUUCUUUACCGAUUGGUUGGACGUUAAUGGCAGUGAGUGGCAAGACCCACAACCCAACAGCCAAUAAUAGUAAUAAUAAUAACCCCGGCGUGUGACCCGGCGCCUGAUCGCGUCGGCGAGACGUCUCAAAGCGCUUCUCGCCCCUCGCCCCCAGCCCCUCGACGACUAUUUAAUAAACAAGAUGGUUUCAACUCCCACAUGGCUUCCUCUGUUCAAUCUACUCCCCCUCACACACUGACACACACACACC